GUUUUCAACGUCUUCUACUUCUAUACUCUAGAUGGCGACAACGCCUGUGCUGCCUCGCGACCUGGCCAAACGUCACGGCAACGCCGAAGAAGAGUGGCACCUAAACACGUUCGAUCAUGGCCGAAUCCGAAUCAAAUAAAGUCAUCAAGUUGGUCCCAGAGUAUCUCUUGAAAAAGAGGAAAGCGUACCAGGCCAUUAAAGCCACGCAAGCCAAGCUUGCGCUUCUUGAAAAGAGAAAGGUUUGUAAAGGUGCGCCGAUCAAGUUCAAGCGCUUGGAAGACUUUUUGAAGGACAGCCAUAAGAAACAUCGCGACGAGACUCGCAUACGUCGAUUAACGCAGAGGCCGCCCGCCCCGCUGCCUCCCGCCAAGUAUAAAUUGGCUUUUGCCGUCCGCAUUCGCGACGUUAAAGGUGUCAGUCCCCAAGUGAUGAAGGUUGUCCAGAUGUUGAGGCUGAGAAAAAUCUUCAGCGGAACCUUUGUCAGAAUCGGCAAAACGUCUCUCGCCAUGCUGAAGAUGGUCGAGCCCUACGUGGCCUGGGGAUAUCCAAACUUGAAGUCUGUGCGCGAGCUCAUUCUGAAGAGGGGGCAGACGAAAGUGGGCAAGAAGGCGGUUCCUUUAACAGAUAACACCUUCAUCGAAGAACGCAUGGGGAAACGCGGCAUUAUCUGUUUGGAGGACUUGAUUCACGAGCUGUACUCGGUCGGCAAGGCCUUCCGGGAAGCCAACAACUUCCUGAUGCCUUUCAAGCUGUCGGUGGCCCGGCACGCCGCCAGGGACAAGACCGGCCUCCUCAAGGACCUCGGGAAAACCGGAUUUCGCGGCGCAGACAUAAACGCCGUCAUCAGGCAACUGAACUGAGGAAAAAAUACACACUACGGACAUUGAACAGCACCCGAAAGGAGGACCCCCCCCCCCCCCCCCCAAUUCUCUAUGAAUGAGCUGGACGUCUCGUCUUUGAAAUGAUGUGCCACUAGUCGGCGCUGUUCUCUUUGGAAGCGCUACCCUUCUCUGUUGACUUGUAAAAUAUUGUCCCAUAUACAGUAGCGUAUGUUGAACGUGCAACACUUGCUUUUCAUUCUGGCAAGGGCAGAGGCCAACGUGCAGUCCUUUCCUAAACACCAAAACUGAUUUCAUGAUCAUUGUCACGAUGUUGUUUUGAAACACCGAAGAUGACGUUUGUAAUAAAUUGUACAAUACGGAUUGA